GAGGGCGGGGGCGCCGGAAAGCCGGGUCGCCCACACUCGCCUCAGCCACCUCGGCCGCGGCAGGAACCGAAACCCGGAGCGGCCGAAGCUCAGCGCCCCGCUGGGACCGAGGGUCGCGGCGGCUGGAAACGUCGCUCUCCAGCGCACCGGCCGCUCCCAGCGCAGCGCGCUCCGCCGGGUGCUGAUCUGCCUCUUCUCCAAGGAACUCAACCACUAGUGACAAUGACCAGCCUCCUGACCACUCCUUCUCCGAGAGAACUGAUGACCACCCCAAUUUUACGGCCCACUGAGGCCCUGUCCCCAGAAGAUGGAGCCAGCACAGCACUCAUUGCAGUUGUUAUCACCGUGGUCUUCCUCACCCUGCUCUCGGUCGUGAUCUUGAUCUUCUUUUACCUGUACAAGAACAAAGGCAGCUACGUCACCUAUGAACCUACAGAAGGCGAGCCCAGUGCCAUCGUCCAGAUGGAGAGUGACUUGGCCAAGGGCAGGGAGAAGGAGGAAUAUUUCAUCUAAUGACUCCCGGGCCCCAAGGAGCUUAUUCCUGGCUCCAGCGCUAACAUAUUGACUGCUUAUUACGGGAAAGUUUUCUCUGAAGCCAGGGAGAAGCAUUGAUUGAUGUGGGCAAAUCCAAGCUCCAGCCAGGUCGCAGUCCCAAAUGCCGACAUCACUGACUCCAGGGACCAGGGACAUGGAGAAAGCUGUUUAUGGUAUCUUUAACCAGGCCCUCUUCUCAGAGCUGGUGUUUGUGACUGGUCAAAAAGAUGGGGCUAUAUGAGGGGACAUCUGAGUAUGUGCCCAGUCAUCUUUUUUCACAGGUUGAAGGGAGAGAAAAGAGUGUUAGGGCCAUUGGCUGCUCUACUCUGUCCCCUACCUGGUUACCUAGUGAUAGCCCCAGUGGAGAUAAUGUCCAUACAAGGUCUUCCCAGAGGCUGGAUACCACAGUAAAAGGCCAGGCCAGGAGGGGUAGGAGACUCUGGAGAUCUUACCUCCUGAUAAAUGUGCUACAUCCCCUAAUCUGAGCCCUUCCUUUCCGUGUUCCCCGACAACCUCAUGCUUACGUGAUUUUUAUCCAAAUUAAAAUUUUUCAUUGCUACGGAAGUC